CGCGGGGGAGUAAAAGAGACAGCGAAGAGGCCGGUUAGUCGCAGUCGGUGGUUGGAUUUUGGACGAGACACAAGCAAGAGUCUCCUGCACCAACAUCUCCUCCAUCACCUCCACCAACACCACCGUCUCUCCCUCUCUCCCACUGGGCCAACUGGCAGCAAUGUGGCGACCGGUAUUCAUCCUGUUGGUGGCGCUGACGGGGCUGGCUGUGUGCAAUCCCGUUGGCCGCCAGGUUGGUAUCUCUCCGGACGUUGGCGUCACCUCGAUCAACAACACUGACGUGUGCGCCGUGGAUGGGGUGCUGUACACGGCGGGCCAGCGCCUGCCCACCGCCGACCCCUGCGAGGAGUGCCAGUGUCGCCCGCCGGGGUUCGCUUGCAUCCUCACACAAUGCCAUCCGAGGCCGGGGUGCCGUGCUAUUCUGCAGGAGAACGCGUGUUGCCCCUCGUACAGCUGCGACUGCGAGGUGGACGGGAUGAGGAUCCAUGAGGGGGCGCCUGUGGAGGACCCAAGCAGCCCGUGCGAGGCGUGCCGGUGCGAGGGGGGCGAGGUGGUGUGCGAGGUGAUCCGCUGCCCCUGGAGGAGUGACUGCGAAGGGGUUCACAGCCCAGGCGUCUGCUGCCCUUCCUACGACCACUGCCCCGGCGAAGAUCCCGCUGGCGAGGAUGCCCAGUUCACCCAGACCCAGCCCGAGGGAACCCAGCCCGAGGGAACCCAGCCCGAGAAGACCCAGCCUGAGGAGACCCAGCCUGCUAAGGACGGGGAGGCAGACCCCCAGCCACAGGUCGAGGCAAACGUGGCGGAAACUGAAGCUCUUCCGGAGGUCAGUGAAGCUCAGGCCACGAUUCCAGAGGUGACUGAUGCCCCGGUGGAGGCGAAUGAGGCACAGACUGAUGCCCCGGUGGAGGCGAAUGUGGCACAGACUGAUGCCCCGGUGGAGGCGAAUGUGGCACAGACUGAGGCCCCGGUGGAGGCGAAUGAGGCACAGACUGAUGCCCCGGUGGAAGCGAAUGAAGCUCAGACGGAGGCCAGUGAGGCUCUGACUAGAGGCGUGGAAGCCCAGACCGAGGCCAGUGAGUCCAUUACUGAAGCCCCUGUGGAUGGUGAAGCUCAGCCUGCCAUCUAUUCGGGUGACACUCAGACCGAAGCCACUGAAGCCCAGACCGAGGCAAAUGAAGCUCAGACCGAAGCAAUCGAAGCUCAGACCGAAGCAAAUGUAGCUGUAACAGAUGCAAACGUGGCCCUAACCGAAGCCAGUGAAGUCAUUACCGAGGCGUCCGUGAUUGCUGCCGAGGACCAAACAGCCGCCAUCGAAGCCCAAACAGAAGCAAACGAGGCCAACACGGAGGCUUCCAUCGCUGAGAGAGACGUUCAGACCGAGGCCACCGUAUCUGAGACCGAGGUUCCCCAAAUCAUCCGCGAGGGAAUUAACGAGGUCGGUGAAGCCCUGAGUGAGAUGGUUCCCCAGGCGAGCAACGUCCUUCCCGCAGUCAUUGACCCGAAAAGAAACGCCAACCAGGAACAGACCGAAACAGUGACUGAAGGCAGCGAAGCGGUGACUGAGGCCAUCGAAGUAGUGACGGAGGGAAAUGAAGCAGUAACCGAAGCCAGCGAAGUAGUGACUAAGCCCGUCGAAAUAGUGGCCGAGAGGAAUGAAGCUGUGACUGAGCUAAUUGAAGGGAAUGAAGCUGUAACUGAGCUAAUUGAAGGGAAUGAAGCUGUAACUGAAGCUGCUGAAGUCGUAACGGAAGGCAACGAGGUAGCGAUUAAAGCUAAUGAGGCUGCUACCGAACUUACUCAGUUAAUUGAGGGGGCUGACGCUGUGACUGAGGCCGUCGAGGUCGUCACUGAUGCCAACGAAGCAGUCCCCGAAGCCAAUGACGUCGUGACUGAAGCAAGCGAGGCACAGACAAAAGACCCUCAAGCGGGGAGCCAAAACAACCAGCAGCAGCAGGACCAGGAACCCCAGGGCAGCGGCGCCAUGCACAUCAGCGUCAACGGCCAAAACAUCGCCAAGGAGGACGAGAAGUACUGGCUGAACAUGCAGCAGAACUCUAAGAACAUCGCGAACGCUGAAGACCCCGUCAACGCUGCCUCCUCUGCGACUUUCACCAUCGACGAGGAGAACUUCGAGAGGGAGGUCGAGGCCGCGGAGGAGGGAAUCGAGGCGGAGGAAGAAGAGGAACUGGUUGAUGAUCGUGGUUUCUUCUGAGGCCUGAGUGACCCCCUUACGGAGAGUGAUGGCAUGUAGUGAUACCUGAUAACUACCCUUCCCUCUUCCUCCUCCUCCACGUGUUCCCCUACAAGGCCACCCUUAGGCCCGGGCAUUGACUUAGGGGCUUCACGCUUGGUCUCUUCGGUUUUUCCGUUUUCUAUUCCCGUUUUUUUUAGAUCCGCUGAGGCGCCACACUCCGUUUUCUUUGGACUACUUCCUCCUCGUGCUUAUUUAUUGUUAUUACGUUAGCGGGGCGUGGCGGUGCGCUCACUACAGGCUUGGUGGGGUGCUUGGCCAGGCGAACACACACACACACACACACACACACACACACACACACACACACACACACACACACACACACACACACCACCUUUUUAAUCUGUAUGUAUUUAAGCAUUUGAAAAUAAAGUCUGCCAAGAUAGA